GCGGCGCGAGUGGAAGUGUGUUUGAUAAGCUCGCUAGUUGCUUUCGCUGAGGAAAAUAUAGCCUUUUCUUUCUUUUUUAACCAAGUGGGGAAAAAAUUUCCGUGCAGUGAAUUAUUCGCAGUGCGAAUUAGCCAAUCUAGGAAUAAAAAAAAGUGCUCGGUGAUUACGAAGUAGAAGAGCACGAAAAACAGAAAGAAUUAAUCACUACGAUCGACAUUUGUGUUUAGAUAGAGUGAAAGGUUUGAGCGAUGGCAGCCCCAGCUCCGGUGAAAAAAGUACCAAUUCACAUACAGAGUGCCCAGAACCGUCUGUACAUCAAACGAGGUCACGUGGUGAAUCAUGAUGGUAUGCAGCAGGCAGACAUCUACAUCGAGGACGGAACAAUCAGAUACGUCGGCACCGGUGCGGACUUUGUCGUUUCCGGAGGCUGCCGCACGAUAGACGCUGCCGGGAAGUUGAUCCUUCCGGGUGGUAUCGAUCCGCAUACACACUUCCAGCUUGAGUUCGGGGGCAGCGUGUCGGUCGAUGACUUCUACCAGGGCACCAAAGCGGCUGUCGCCGGUGGCACCACCACAGUCAUCGAUUUUGUCAUUCCAAAGAAGGGCGAAUCCCUGCUGGAGGCCUAUGACACGUGGCGGGAACGAGCGGACACGAAGGUGGUCUGCGAUUAUGGGUUGCACGUCGCCAUCACGUGGUGGUCCAAAUCGGUGCGGGAUGAGAUGAAGAUCCUGUGCGAGGAACGGGGCGUCAACUCGUUCAAAUGCUUCAUGGCAUACAAGGGAUUGUUUCAGGUGACCGACAGUGAGUUGUACGAAAUUUUCGAGACCUGCAAAGAGCUGGGUGCGGUGGCACAGGUUCACGCCGAGAACGGUGACGUAAUUGCCAAGAACGUACAGAAACUGCUGGCGGCCGGCGUCACCGGACCCGAGGGGCACGAGCUGUCCCGCACGGAGGAGGUAGAAGCCGAAGCGGUGAACCGAGCCUGCGUGAUUGCACAUCAGACUAAAUGUCCGCUGUACGUAGUGCAUGUGAUGAGCAAAUCGGCUGGUAUCGAGUUAGCACGCGCUCGCCGCCGAUACAACGGUGUAGGUAUCUACGGUGAAACGUUGGCAGCCGCCCUAGGAACCGAUGGCACGCACUACGCGAACAAGUGCUGGCAUCAUGCCGCCGGCCAUGUCCUCAGUCCUCCACUGAGGCCGGAUCCAACCACGCCGGAAUUUAUGAUGAAACUACUCGCCCAAGAUGAUCUGCAGACCACGGGCAGUGACAACUGCACAUUCAACAAGAACCAAAAAGAACUCGGACGGUAUGACUUUACGAAAAUUCCGAACGGUGUCAACGGGGUCGAAGAUCGCAUGUCGGUUGUCUGGGAGAAGGGCGUCCAGACGGGGUUGAUCGAUCCGCAGCGUUUCGUUGCCAUCACCAGUACAAAUGCUGCCAAAAUCUUCAAUUUGUACCCGCGCAAGGGGCGCAUCGCACCCGGCUCGGAUGCGGACGUGCUUAUCUGGGACCCGAAGGAGGUACGCACAAUUUCCGCUGCGUCGCACCAUCAAGCGUGCGAUUUUAACAUCUUCGAGGGGAUGAAGUGCCACGGCGUACCGGACUUCGUCAUCGUACACGGCCGGGUCUGCAUGGAGAACGGUGUCCUACGUGUGGCCGAAGGGCAGGGCAGUUUCCUGGAGACUCCCGUCAAUCCACCGUUCGUGUACGAUGCAUUGAACGGAAUCACCGACCGUAACGGUGACGAUAAGAGCGCUCGCAAUGGACUACAAAGUCUGGACCUGAACCAGAAGCACGAUGUGGACAUUCCGGAACCGUAUGCGCUGCCGGAAAAGUACAUUCCGGGUUCGGCACUCAGUAUCGUUUCGGAAGACUCGCAGAUCAGUACACCGCACAGUGCCCGCGGACACCGACCGGACGGCUGCAAGGACAUGCAGCAGUCGACGUUUUCCAUCAGCGAGGAACUUGACGGCGGCGAAAAACGUUCGUGCAUUCGGGUCAAAAAUCCCCCAGGUGGAAAAUCAUCCAGAUUCUGGUAAACAUCUGCGCGCACACUUCCGAGCAAAUAUCCUACAUAUUUAUUAACGCGCAGACGGAUAAUAAACAAACAAAAAAAAACAGCAGAAUCCGAGAAAAAACAAAUAAAAUUUCCAUACUCAACAAACCAAAAUAAAUUGUGUACCAUUAGGACAGUAGUUAUGCAAAAAAUUUACUCUAAUUGCAUACCAAGUAAUCAAAGCUUCGCGCUAUAUGACGUACAUAACAUGAACCAAACACAAUAAAUAAGAAACACGUACUAAAAAAAACGCCGCAUGUAUCCUUCUUUGUUCACCAGUUUGACAGAGUUAGAAGAGCUUUAAAUUUGUAACUUAAUUUUUAAUUUAUUAACAUUUAAUUCGCAAAAGUGACACAUAUUACAUUCACCCGUAAUAUUCAACUUUCGAGCAGGCUGAGAUGUGCAAUCAACUUUCGACCUAAUUAAUGUAAGGAUAGACCCUCAAAAUUGGAAUCAUUCAUUCAGUUGCACCGACAAAAGUAACGCACAACCAUAUAAACCGACUCUCGUAACCCGCGUAGUGAAUCAUACAAUCUUUGACUAAAACAUAAUACAAUAUAUUCUGUUCACCCCAAAACACGUAGCAAAGACAAGUGUACCUUUCGUAAGUAGAUGCAGUUGCGAUUAAGUUUUUUUAUUACUUGUAGGUAAAAAUAAAACAAAAAACUGUUAAAUGUUUCCUGUAAGCUUAGCUAAAUGUUCGAACCCACGCGCACCGCAGCGCAUAUUGUCGGCAGAUUGGAUUCUAUUUAUUACAUUCACAUCCUAUAGCUGUGUGCGUGGAGACAUUUUUAUUAUUAUUUUGCGUUUGUGUUUAACGAAAUGCUGAAUCAAAGAAAAAAACAAUGUAGUACUAAAUAUAUUAUUAUUAAACUAGGUUUAACCGUAGAGUGACUUUUGUAUUUGUGAGAACAAAAAUAAAUUCAGAAUAAAUUCGAACUAA